CCCGGCAUGGCCCGGCAGUAGGCAGCCAGCCCCCGCCGCGCCCCGUGCGUCCUAUGCGAGCCGCCCCGGCGCCAAGAUGAAAGACGAUUUUGCAGAAGAGGAGGAGGUGCAGUCCUUUGGCUACAAGAGGUUUGGUAUUCAGGAGGGGACUCAAUGUACCAAGUGUAAAAAUAACUGGGCGCUGAAGUUUUCCAUCAUCUUGUUAUACAUUUUAUGUGCCCUGUUAACAAUUACCGUAGCCAUUCUGGGAUACAAAGUUGUUGAAAAAAUGAACAAUGUGACAGGUGGCCUGGAAACAUCCCAUAGAAGAUAUACAGAAAAGCUCACAGAGGUGGAGAGUGAUCUGAAGAAAUUAGAUGACCAAGCUGGACAGAAAGCCCUGAAUACUAACACUGAACUGUCUAGCUUCAGAUCUGACAUUCUGGCUCUUCGUCAGCAGCUUCAUGACAUUGCAGAGAAAACUACCAGAAACAAAGAUACACUGGAGAAGCUCCAAGAAUCUGGAAAUGUACUAGAUGAUAGACAGAGCCAAAUGAGAAGUGCCUUAGAUAGUAACUCUUUCAUGAUCAUCAGUGUCAAUAAGACUCUUCAGGCGUAUACUGGCUAUAUAAACAAUCUUCAACAAGACACAAGUAAUAUCCAAACAAAUUUGCAAAACCAAGUGCAUUCUCAUAAUGUGGUCAUCAUGAACCUUAACAACUUAAACUUGACACAAAUACAGCAAAGAAAUCUUAUCAGUGUCCUGCAGAAGUCUAUGGAAGAUACAAGUUUGGCUAUUCUAAGAAUCAAGAAUGACUUUCAAAACCUGCAGCAGGUUGUCCUUCAAGCCCGGAAGGACACUGACUGGCUCAAGGAAAAAGUACAAAAUUUACAGACUUUGGCUGCCAACAACUCAGCAUUAGCAAAAGCUAAUAACGAUACACUUGAAGACAUGAACAAUCAGCUCAGUUCCUUCAGUGGGCAAAUGGAGAAUAUUACCACAAUUGCCCAAGCCAAUGAACAAAAUCUGAAGGAUCUCCAGGAACAGCAUAAAGAAUAUGAAAACAGAACUUCUGCCAAAUUCAGCCAAUUGGAAGAGAGGUUCCAGGUCUUUGAGACUGAUAUAGUCAAUAUAAUUAGCAACAUCAGCUACACUGCUCAUCAUCUACGGACAUUGACUAGCAAUCUCAAUGAGGUCAGGACAACUUGUACAGACACCUUAAGUAAACAUUCAGAUGAGCUGAUUUUUAUGAACAGCACACUAGCCAAUAUUCGUUUAGACUCUGCAUCACUCAAGAUGCAACAGGAUUUGAUGAGGUCAAGGUUAGAUGUUGAAGUUGCCAAUUUGUCAGUAAUCAUGGAAGAAAUGAAGCUGGUAGAUUCCAAACAUGGCCAGCUCAUCAAGAACUUCACUAUCCUACAAGGCCCUCCUGGUCCAAGGGGACCUAAAGGUGACAGAGGCCCUCAAGGUCCUCUUGGCCCUGCUGGCCUAAAAGGACAAAAAGGAGAGAAAGGAGAGCCUGGACCACCAGGACCUGCAGGUGAAAAGGGCCCACCUGGGCCAAUUGGGCCACCAGGAGAGAAAGGAGGGAAAGGCUCAAGAGGAUCACCAGGCUCCAAAGGUCAGAGAGGUUCUCCUGGCAAAACGGGUCUUCCUGGACCAAGCGGAGACCCAGGGCCACCAGGUCCACAAGGCAAAGAUGGUCCACAGGGGCCACAAGGCCCACCAGGAUUUCAAGGCCUGCAAGGAACUGUGGGAGAGCCAGGAGUGCCAGGACCUCGAGGACUACCUGGGCUACCUGGAGUCCCUGGGCUGCCUGGUCCAAAAGGCCCACCUGGCCCACCAGGACCACCAGGUCCAGGGAUGCCAAUGGCACUACAAAGCGAACCUACAUCAGUGCCUGAGGCUAACGGUUGUUCUCCUCAUUGGAAGAACUACACAGAAAAAUGCUACUACUUUUCAAUUGAAAGAGAAAUUUUUGAAGAGGCAAAGUUAUUCUGUGAAGAGAAGGCAUCGCGCUUGGUUAUCAUAAACAACAAAGAAGAACAGCAAUGGAUAAAGAGGCAGAUUUCGGGGAAAGGCAGCUUCUGGAUUGGACUUACAGAUUCAGAGAAGGAAAAUGAAUGGAGGUGGCUGGAUGGAUCCUUACCGCUUUACACAAACUGGAAAACUGGGCAACCUGAUAACUGGAGUCAUGGGCACGGGCCAGGAGAAGAUUGUGCUGGGUUAAUCUACGCUGGGCUCUGGAAUGACUUCUACUGUGAAGACGUUAACAAUUUCAUUUGUGAAAAAGACAUGGAUAAAGGGCAAAUAUUUGGAGUGUAAAAGGCUGUGACUUUACAGAUAUCUACAUGUUGUGAAAAUUCACUUCAAGAAAAAGAAAAUCCUAGGGGAGAGCAACACUGCCUACAACAACAAUAACAACAACAAAAGAAAAGAAAGAAAGAAAAAAAAAAUCAAAACCAAAAGCAAGCACUGAAAACUGGUUAAAUUGCAUAAAGAAAUUCAUCAGCAACUCUUCUUCAGCAUCCGACUGUUUGAAGCCUUUCACCCCACAGCAUCAGGAAAUACCAUUGGACUAAUUCUGCUAUAGAUUUUUCUUCCCAACCAGUAACCACAGAUAUCAGCAACUUGUGCCUUCCAAAAAAAGACAUUUUCUCAAUCUGAGUAAGACUGUUGGUCAGUCAUAUAUAAAAAAACAUAUAAAGCAACCGUGUAAACAGGAUGUUUCAUUUGCUAAAAUCCCAAAUGUAGGAAAAUUAUACAGAUACACAAAUAUAUAGAUUUUAUAUAAAUAUAUAUAUAUAGUCCAACUCUUAUCAAUAAUAUGGAAUAUACUUUUAAGAGCUUUUAAAACUUUGUAUUUUUGUACAAAAUAUUUGCUUUUUACAAUUGUUCUCUUUUUUAGUGACUUUUUUUUACAAAUAUAGUGCAGAGGGGCCAAAGAAAACAAUAAAGGUACUAAUAAUUCACUAAGGUUUGCUACCAGGCCUAGCUCAGCUGUAGAGAAAUAUUUUUCCAGUUAGAAAUAUUUGUACUUUCCCAGAUGAUUUGUUCUGGUUAAAUAACUUUUAAAGCAAAUUUUAGGUAGUGUUUUCCUUGUUUUGCGCAAUCUAGUCUGCGUGUGUAACAAUGAAGUUGACUAAGGACUAGACACUCACUGUAGCUCUGAUCUCACCUGUGUUCCAUCAGGGUACUCUGCCAAGACCGUGCUAAUAAAAGUUUUUCCUUCCUUCCUUCCUUCUUCUGUGCUUUCCUGCCUGACUUCCAACCUUCUUCCAUUGUUGAGGAAAUGCCACAGAACUUGAAAUGUUUUCAUUCCUUCUCCCUGUUUGUGAGGAAUCCUGCCCUAAUAGGUGCUACCCGCAUUGCCCCAAGGAGGGAUUUUAAGAAAACAGAAACAGAAGAGCUGCACUUGCAGAAAAACGUUUCUUUUCAAGACAGAUUUCAAAAUUUGGUAAUAAAAACAUGCCGUACUCAGAAAGUCUGAUCAACUUGCAUUUCUCCAAAGUACUUUGUAAACUGAUCUCUCUGUUUUCUUGGACUAGUACUUCUCUCCCAAACAAACUGGAAAAUAAGCUACAAAACAGAAAGCAGUGUGGCUAAGUGAGAUGAUAUCAUCAACCAGACAGCUUCCUCCACAUUCCCUUGAGCCAUUGUCUAGGCAGCAGUGCUGCUUAUCAGGAAUUGAAACAAUCAGGGACCUGUUGAAGCUCGUUAGCACAACCCCUGGUUUUGGUUCCCUGGUUUUUAUGUUCUUCAUAUGGCCACAUGGCAUAUCGAGGGAAGUUGUUUGGGCUUCUUCUGAAGAAGAGUUGUUUUUCCUUUGCUCCCUGACCUGCCAUUUGCCUUGGCCGAACGUAGAUAAGUUUGUUGAAACACUCCAGCUCUGCUGGAAGGAGACGUGGUUUUGUACUUCAGAUUUUCAAAUAUUGCUCCUAAGAACAUCCAAUUAAAGACUGCCGCUUUCCUACGUCCCACACUCCCUCCGGUGUUUAUUCUUUGUGGUGAUGGUGGGGGGAAGAGAUGCUUUAAGUAUAACUUACUUAAAGAAAAUACAGAAAACCUUGCAUUUGGGAACCUGUCCUGUGGUGCGCAGUAGAUGUGAGACAGGAGCGAAGAAAAACGUGUAUAUUUCUGUAAAAUGAAAGGUCUGUGUAUUGCAGCCACACAGACUGUGUGCCGCCAUCUUGGAGGCUGUGCUUCUCUUGAGACACACUGCAUUUCCAGGACUUUUGGCUUUUUCAUCAGGUAUCGAAUACAGUGUGGUUCUACUAUACACCCUGUCUUGUUGCACCUAGGAGUUGAGUGUAGAUACAUGCUGUAGUCUUUACAUAUAUAUUACACAAUGUCUGUAGAGAUGGUGUUAAGCUGCUAUUUUCAGAUGACAAGGUACAACACCAUUAUUUUGCAGAAACCAUGGUGAAUGAAGCCUUGCAGAGCCAGACUGAGUUAGAGAAGCACUGCUGUCUAUCUGGCAUAUUUUGAUAUAUUAAGCCUAUUCUGAAUGUCUACCCAGUUAAAUGAAGCUCUUUGUGAUUUUUAGUGACGUGAUGAUCCUGUAUCAAUACAAGAAGCUCACAAGAAACCUCUGUGUAAGCACCAGAUACACUCUUUGGUCACUCUAAUAUCAGUUUUCCUUUAGCAAUAGGGGUGAUUUUACAUUUCAAGUUCAGAUAAUCCAAGACUCAUUCACUGCCCUCCAUUCCCUCAACAGAGGUUUUCUGUGCAGUGAUUAUUAACAGCUACAGCUACAUUUAUGCCUGCAUAAGGUUACAGAUACAGCUGUUCAUCAGCAAGAGCUGCUUAGCGUAUUGUAAUCUAGUGUAGCAGCUAUGCCAAAUCAAGCAUGGAAAUAACCACUGAACUAGGACACUUUAAAGAUGUAACAUUUUUAUAAAUGAAAUACUUAUUUCAAGGUGAUUUUCAAUGCUGGAUUGUAAUUCACGUUCUAAUUAACCACCUUUAACUGGGAAGCAAAGUGUGCCUGGUCUAAACUCUCUGAAGCUGCCUGGAGAUGGAUGCUGCAUUUGCAUGCCUACUGUAUUCAGUCAUCCUUAAAAUCUGGACUCAGUAGCCAGGCGGGCUGGGACAGUCAGUUAUUCCAACCCAUUAUUCCUGCAAGAGGAAAAUGGAGGUGUCAAAUGGCCACAGAGAAGGAAAUCACUGAGAGAACAGGGAGGGUGCUGGGACAGCUCUAAGACCUGUCAUAGAAAGAAGAGACUGGCAAGGAUGCAAACAGGACACUAGAAUGGGCCAAGAAAUUGUCAAGAAAGCCAGAGCUGCCACAUGGGGUCUGGAAAACAUCCCUGUUAAAUCUGCUUUCUGUAUGGUUUGAGUGACAGCACAGGUUGUAUGGAAAAUUCUAAGUGAUUGGAAGUUAUUUUGUCCCAGCUAGAGUUUUGGCUUUCCUUCCUGUGCACAAGUAGUAUACCUUGGCAUACUGAGUUUACAUUUCCGUCACUCUUUUUUUCUUGGUUUAUAUCAAAUUGAAGGCAAGUUCCUAUCCCCUGGCAAGCACUCAGGGAGGGGAGAGGAAGGCAGAGAGGGUGCAGAGUCAUUGUGAUUUACAUCAGUGCUGGAUUUCUUAAAUCCAUGUCUGAGUCAUGUAAUUAAUUUAUUUUGAAUCAUCUUCACCUAAUUAGAGUUUAUAAAUCUCUAACUUUCAUCCUCUGUGAUGUCUAUAAAUAAUACUCGCAGUUGUUCCAAUAAAGGAAGCACUAAGCAGA